AUGUACUCUUUUAUUCCUUCCCCAACCCGGGAUCUCGAGCUCGAGUUAGAGCUACAACAGUUUUACACAGCCCACACGAACAUCAUUCACAACAGUGAUUAUCUGCUGCACAAGUCCGAUCAGAGCCUGCUGGCCAUCGUCGCUGCGUAUAUUCAGGCAGCAUCCAUCGACCCGCAGGUGCUGGGUGCAACGCAUAUUCGUACCGAGAUGGAGUAUGCACUAGCAGUUGGCAAUCUCCGAACUGCCAUCCUCUCCCAGCUCCGACCGUACCGCUAUGAUCUCCUUCUCGAGGAGCAUACGAAAAAGAGGACAGCCCGGGCUGUGUCGUCGUCUUCCAAGGCAGCUCGGCUCUCGGUGGACCACCAGCGCAGCAGCAUGAGGGCCAGCAUUGCCGACCUGCAUUCCGAUCCCGAGAACGCUGCGAAGAGUCUCAUCUGGAAAGCCGUCGCGCAUGAGAUUGACGAUCUAGCCAACCUCAGCAUUCCCCUAGGCUGCAUCUUGCACAUAGUUGAUCACACUACAGCUGCAGGCGAGUACUCUAUGAGGCGCCUUGAUGGCUGGUUGGUAACCAGAAGCCACGGGCUCAUCUUCAAGGCUGUCUAG